GGAUUGCAGUGUCAGCAUGAUAACAAACAAACAUACAAAUGCAAUCUUCCUGGGAAGGGACAAAAUUUUAAAAAAGCAGUAGAAAGGCCACAAAACUCUGAACGUCUGUCUCAUGAACAGAGGAAGCGGAGCGGAAUAGAGAAAGAGAGAGAGGUAGAAGAAAAAAAGCCCUUGAAGAGAAAGAGAUGUAAGUAAUCCCUCCAGCCUGCUGGUCCACACAGGGAAUUUGGGAGCAGUAAGUUGUUCAAUAAUGUAUUGAUUUUCGUGUUGAGCUUUUCUUUCUUUCAGGAUGUGAUGUAAAUGAUUAUCUGACAGUUUGUUGCUCAACUAGUGCAGUGCUGUGAAUGUAAACUGAUAAGCCACAACGUUGAAUUGAGUAUAAUGUAUAUAUACUGUAUGUCCAUCCUCUGUCUAUCCACCUGUCUAACAGCCUAAAUCAAUCAAUGGAGUAUUUAGCAUAGUAUCGCAAUACAUUGUAGGUACUAAGCACUGUAGAUGAUAAGGUGCAGGGUAACUCUUUGUCCUCAGAAAAGUUGCAGUUGGGGCUGGCUGUUACACUCUGUAAUUUAAUGAGUGAGGAGGGAUACAGAAAUGUCCUUCACACUUGUGUUCCUAAACAUCCGAUAAAGUCUCAGUUAUGUUUAAACAGAGGAAACCAAAGCAGGUGUUAAACUGCUUCCUGAUCAUCAUGAGAAUGCUGAUGAAUUUCUUUAAAAGUGGGAUGUUGUUGCGUUAGUAUGGGUGAGGUAACAACAUUCUCUCCAGCAGGUUUUGUGAAUGGUGUAGGCUUGUUGGACUGUUAUAUGACAAUUUACACAUUUAGUGAACUACAUAACAAAACUAAUGUGGCUCCAAUUCUAAAUAUCUUUAAGCACUGACAAAAGUUGGUGAUGGAUAGAGGCACUAUUUGGCUUUCACCAAAUUGUAAGAUAUAAUGUAAUUGUAAGAUCACACUGAGUAUCAAUUUUGUACAUUAUAUAAGCAGUUUACUCUGGCCCAUAUUAAUGCGUUUCUGUUCAACAAAAGUUGGUUUAUAAAAUGCAGUUUUGUCAAGACUCAUAGAGGUUAUGAAUGUACCCUGUUGUGUUUUUUUAAGUUCUAACUCUGUUGAUUUUUUAACCAUGUUAGUUGAAUGGCUCUAUAGACGGCAAUGUCAACUGUCCACCAGUUUGGUCCUGAUCUCAAUGAUGAAUCCUAAUGGUGUUAGUUAUCCUCUGACUUUUCAUUUAGCUCCAGCAGAUCAAAAGUUUAACCUCUGCAGUGAAAUAUCUCAACAUCUACUUGAUGGAUUGACACAAAAUCUUAUACAGACAUUCUUGGUUUCCAGAAGGUGUAUCCUAAUGACUUUGCGAACCCCAAACUUUUACCAAAGAGGGACCACUAUUAAUGCAAUGGGGCAAUGUUUAUAUGUGUGGGUCCCCAGUUUACUAGCCUGUCCGAGGUGCGAGGACACCACCAGCCAAUGGUAUCACACUAUUCAACUGAUCAACAGGUGAUAGUAACAUGCCAAGAAACACACUAAUGCAUCACAGGCAGUGGCUUAGAAGACUGUAAGCCAGUAAACACUUAUAAUGCAAUAAUGCAAGUGUCAAACUUUUAAGAAAAAUAUUCUUUGCAAAGGCUUUAUGAGGAAGAAACAUGUUUGUUAGACCUCAAGGAUACACACAAUGCAUCUUGGUGAGUAAUGUUGAAUGUAAACAGAAACCUCGUUUGUUGUGACUCCACACCUUUAAAUCCUUUUGCAGUUACUGUGACCAGUACACCACUAGUUGUAUCAGGCUGUUUUAAAUCUCUUAAAAGUGUAUGGCAGGCCUCUUUUAAAGGUGAGAUGUCGCUAAUUGGCAUUUAGGUUAAUACAGCUGCCCAUGUGAGUAUUUCAGUGAUUUCAAAGUAAAAGUUCUUUUUCAUUUAGUGUUUUUCUUAUUUUGUCAACUCCUGUAUGUGUGUAUAAAUGGAAUGCAAUUAGAAGAAACUGUUUCAUCACGAUCAGGUUUGAAGUGUUGCUGGGGCUCAAAGGUCUGUUUGGGUUUCAAAUGGCUCUUUCUGUUGUUGCGCUUCUUUCCUGCAGGACAAUGAGACAGAACCUGGGACGACCCACUCGCUCCAUCUAUCUGGGUCUGGUGUGUUUGUCCCUCACGCUCCAUCUCCUUCUGGCAUUAUUUUGUCUCUCUGUCCUCCAGACAGCUUGUGUCAUUCCCACCUCUUCUUCUUCUUUCUCUUCCUCUUCAUCCCUUCCAAGAACUGAUACCCAGGACCAUCAGUCUGUCUCCUACUCCUCCUCUUCUUCAGAUGUCUCCUCCUCACGUAAACUGCCAAUGAAUCCCCAGAAUGAUGAGCAUCACAAACUGAAUGCUAACACAUUACACCAAAAAGGGAAAGACUCAGUCAGUGGGGCCACUGAAAAGCAAAAGAAAGUGAUUGGAGCCGGGAAAGUGAUUCAAAAGGUCAAGGGUCGUUCUAAGCUGGAGGCACUGUUCAAUCACCCCUUGUACAACCUGCCACACCCAGAGCUGAAAGAAGAUGACUGGCUGCUGAGGGUAAAGGCAAGUGAAGAUGCAAGGGAUACAGGAAGUGAAGAAGAAGAGAGCGAAGAUGCCAUUCAUGACAGUCAGUGGCAGAGUGCCAGUCAGGAGGAAGGCUAUGACAAAAUCACUUGGACGAGCGACGUGGAGACCCACCCUCCCUGGCUACGGUUUCACCUGGGCAUCUCUCGCUGGGAGCUGUACAACAGGAAGGAUCCCAACCUGGCCCCGCUGACUCAUUAUUUGGCAACGCAACGUAUCCUCUGUGCUGUUCAGAAGACAGGAGGCACCCAGCUCAAACUGCUCAUAUCGUUCCCAAAUUACGGAAAAGCUCUGCUCAAACCCAUGAAACAAACCAGAGAUGCAGAGACGGACGUAAACCUCUUCUACUUCUCAGACUUUGAAAGACACAACGCAGAGAUCGCUGCCUUUCACCUUGACAGAUUGCUGGGCUUCAACAGGAUCCCUCCAGUGACUGGUCGACUCAUCAAUGUCACCGCAGAGAUCAAAGAGAUCACCACCGACCACAGGCUGUCCAGGACCUUCUUCACUUCCCCUGUGGGGAACAUUUGUUUCUAUGGCCAGUGUGAGUAUUACUGUUCAGCAGAACACCCAGUGUGCGGUCAACCACACGUACUGGAGGUUUCCCUGGCUGCCAUGCUACCUGACCUCACCCUUGCUCCCCGCAGGUCCUGGAGGUCACCAUGGAGACGAUCCUACAGCCGCACAAAGCUUGCACAGUGGGAGAAGGACCCGGCCUACUGUGACACAGUCAAACAGACACCUCCUUACGACCACGGCACCAGACUGGUGGAUCUCAUAGACAUGGCUGUACUGGAUUUCCUCAUGGGCAACAUGGACAGACAUCACUAUGAGACGUUUGAGAAAUUCGGCAAUGAGACUUUUCUGCUGCAUCUGGAUAACGGACGGGCGUUUGGGCGUCACUCUCGGGAUGAGCCGUCUAUUCUAGCUCCCUUGCAACAGUGUUGCAGGAUUCGUCGCUCCACCCUCCUCCGCUUGCGCCUCUUGUGCCUCCCUGGCUUCCGCCUGAGUGACCUCAUGCGGGAGUCACUGGCUCAGGAUCCUCUGGCAGGCGUGGCCCCUCUCCUGUCUGAACUACACCUCUCUGCUUUGGACCGACGCCUUGCAAGCGUCCUGCGGGUGGUGCAGACCUGUCAGGAUCAGCAUAGGGAUGUCAUCUACAACGACUUGGAAGGAUAUGAAGAAGAAGAUGAUCAACAGCUUGACUGAGGAGAAAGAAAAACAAUAAAUCAUUUAUAUGUUUCAUAUGUGUCAAAUUACUUGUUUGAUGUACAAUAAGAGGUGAAUGGUGAAUGGUGCAUUUUAAUUUUACAGCUAAAAAGAUUGUUAGUCUAUUUAAGUGUUUUGCUUUCUCCUCUACAUGCAGUUUCGAUGAGGUCAGGGAACUUCUAAGUUUCUUAUGAACAAUCAUAAAUAAAGUGGUUCAAUUCUAUGUCAAGGUUGUAUAGUUAGGUUUGUAAGUAUUUGGACAAUGACACAA